UUUCAUCGAUACGUGGAUUCAGAAAGCAGAAAGUGUUCGAACGGUGCAUAGGUAGAUAGAAGUGAGCUGGAAUAGUGGUCGCAUUUACAAUUCUCUCCCUGCUCGGUAUACUGCAGAGUAUUUUCCUAAGACUGAAACCAAGAAAAUAAUCAACUGCUGAAAAUGCCAGCGCCAGCAAGUUCUACAUCCGUUGGAAGCGGAACCCGCUCUCCGUCAAAGCCUUCGUCCGCGCCGCGAUCGAGCGCAGGGGGCGCAAGCAAUCUGAAGCAGCGAAAAACAACCACCACAGCAACAGCAGCCCGGAAUCGUACCACAGGAACCGGAUCCGGUGGCAUGUGGCGAUUCUACACUGAUGAUUCCCCAGGCAUCAAGGUUGGUCCAGUCCCAGUACUGGUGAUGUCUCUGCUGUUUAUUGCAUCCGUCUUCAUGCUGCACAUCUGGGGCAAAUACACCCGUUCGUAAGAUUAUCGUACUUUUAAGUGUGGCUGCUUGGUUGGCUCGCAGAGGUCCAAGCACGCAUUCAUUUAAUAUAACAUUUAAUGAUAUCUCACGUAAGGAUUUUUUUGUUUUUGAUUUACCUUAUCGUUCUCUUGAGAGUGUUCGGGAAAGAUAUUCUCUUCCAUUGAUGAGUAUAAUCAAGUCGAUUAUAACUUUGCAUUCGAUUAUGGGUUUGACAGCGUUGUUUGAACGUUGCAGAGUUACAUAUACAGUUAUUUGUAUGAGAAAGAUAAAAUAAAUAUAUGUGAACAUUGUAAGGCAAA